AUGGCUAUGCUAGAAAAAUUAUUAGAAUCUGCUAUGCUUGCUGAAAGAAUUCGCCUCCAAGCCAUGAGAUCAAUGAUUCAAAGUCAAUCAGUAUUUAAAGAAUCAACCAAAAAGGAAAAGAUAACUGAGAUGGUAGAAGAUGAUGAUGAUAGUAUUGAAGAAGAAGGGAACGAUGAAGAAAUUAACUCAUCAUUUGGAAGAAAUAAUACAAAAAAAGAAACAAUAAAAAAAAAGGAUGAAAAAGUUAAAAAUAUAUCUUCUAUAAGUCAUACUAAUAAUAAUAUUGGAACAUGUAAAUUUAGUGUAUCUGAUUUAUUGUCAAAUUUUACCACACAACUUGCUAAAAGUCAUCAAAAGAUCCUACAGAUGACUUCAACAACAGCUUCUACCGCUGCCUCAGUUGCUUCUGGAGGCUUUGAUCAUACUUCAGUUAAUCCAUUUACAUGUUUCUCUACGGCACAGCCAGUUUCAUUAACAGCAAGUGGUACAACACUACAUUCACCAGACUCACCUUCACAUUCAGGAAAUGUUGCUGCAGCAGCUGCAGCACAAUCGGCUGCUCUAGCUAAUCCAUAUUUUCAAGCUGCUACACAUGGUUUUCCACAAGCAUAUAAUGCUGCAGCAGAUUUUUCAUCAUAUAUGACAGCUAAUACUAAUCCUUCAUCGUGGUAUGGUGGACCUGAUCCACGUUUUACACUUGGAAGAUUUCCUACAACUGGAAUGGGACUAAAUUGUGGCAUUGACCCUUCUAGAGCGGCUGUUCAUGGAAUACAGUUACCAAUACAUAAUAAUCAAAGGAGAAAAAGAAGAGUUCUAUUUUCACAACAACAAGUAUUUGAAUUAGAAAGAAGAUUUAAAACUCAAAGAUAUCUUACAGCACCUGAAAGAGAAGCUUUAGCUAAUUCUAUAAAUUUAACUCCAACACAAGUAAAAAUCUGGUUUCAAAAUCAUCGUUAUAAGUGCAAACGCCAAGAAAAAGAAAAAGCAAUGACUGGAGAAAGGUCAUCACGUACUUCUGUUGAUGUAUCACCAGAUGAAUCAAGAAAUUCAACACCAUCAGAAACUACACAUCAAAAUAGGGAAAGUUUAGAUAUAUUGGGAAAUACAAAAGAAGAAAUAAAAAGUGAAACAUCAGGUGAAAAUAAUAAUCAAAUGAAUGAUUCACUUAUAUUAAAUACAAUGAAUGGAUCAUUUGAUCAACUUGGACUUGGUGAUCUCAAUAAAACAAAUCAACUGUAUUCUCAAUAUCAUAAUCAACAACAAAUGUAUGCACAGCAAGGUUUUGCAUUUGCUACAUUUAACCCAACAGCAACACAAAAUUAUCAAGCUGUUAAUAAUCCAUAUUAUUCUCAAAUGAAGCAAGCUAGUGGAUGGUAA